AUGCAAGGCAUCAAAAUAACGCUCGAUGGAGAUCUCCACGACGACAUCUACAUGCGGCAGCCUCCCGGUUUCACCGACCCUAAACAACCCGAUGCCGUCUGCAAUAACGCCUCAGCAAUCAAACAACUUCUUGGACAGCUACAAGCACAAUUCGCACUCAAGCAGCUAGGACAGAUUUCACUCUUCCUAGGCAUACAGGUACUUCAAUCUACAAAUGGUUACUUUUUAUCACAACAACACUACGCUACAAAACUUUUACAUGAUGCAGGCUAUGCCGAUUGCAAUCCGGUACCUACUCCGAUAACACCCUCGUCCAAAACGGAUCACACGGCUAGCACACCAUUUAAUGAUCCGACUCUCUACCGCAAACUCGCCGGCUCCCUACAAUAUCUGUCCAUAAUAAGGCCGGACAUAGCUUUCGCUACUAACGUUGUCUGCCAGCACAUGCAACACCCAACGGAUCAGGACUUCAAAGCUCUCAAACGGUUAUUACGCUACAUCAAAAGAACGAUCACCUAUGGGUUGCCGAUCAACACCGGCCCGCUGGAACUACGAACUUACACUGAUGCCGAUUGGGUGUUCGACUCGUCCGACCGAAAAUCGAUCUCCGGCUACUGCUCCUUUCUCGGUCCCAAUCUAAUCUCAUGGACGAUUAAGAAGCAAGCUACCGUAGCAAAAUCUUCCACCGAAGAAGAAUACCGUGCUCUCUCCGCCGCAACAUCAGAAGUCAUAUGGCUUCGUCGUCUUGCCGAGGAACUCCACAACUCUCUCCAACACCAAUUUACUGUGAUAACACCUCGGCCAGAGCCAUCGCCAAAAACCCG